AUGUCAUAGAAUGGUAAUAAUAAGUAAUAAUAGGUGAGGGAAGAAACUCCCGUUAUAGUAGCUCAAAAGGAAAUAAAGGAAAAAUGGUUAUCAGAAAUAAGCGAAAGCAUAAAAGAUGAAGAAAGAAAGUUUAUUUUUAAUUUAUGUUUUUAGAUUAUGAGAUAAAGAUAAAACUUAGAGAUUUUAUAGAAGAAUCCAAGUGGUGAUUAGCGAAGCUAAGAUUUGAUUAAGAAUAAUAUAAAUGAAAUUUAAAAUGUCAGCUUAUCAAAAUCUCUUGAUGAUUAACAGAGAAGUUCAUAUUAAAUUAUGAAGUAGAUUGUAAAUGAUUAUGUUGUUUUAGAAGAUGAAAAGUAUAAAAUUCAAAAAUUUCGUAGAAAUUACCUUUUAAGGAAUGCAAAAUAAAUUGGAGAAUCAAUUCAAAUAUAACCAACUACAUAAGGGAAAGCACCAUAAAUUUUACAAAUCCAUGAUUAUAUUUUAUGGCCAUAAAAAAACAGCAUAAUUCAAAGUGAGGCAGUAGAAAGUGCUGUCUUAGAUAAAAAUAUAAUAGAAUUUAAUAAAACCUCUAUUUUGAAAUGGGAAGAAAAAACAUCCAAGUAUAGAAUAGUGCUUAUUCCUCAAAAUCUAAAGAAAAAUUUUAACUAAAACGGUGAAUUCGACCAGCUGACAGCCAAAUAAAAUAUUGAGCUGAUUUAUAUGAUUUAUUUCAAAUCAUUCUAUAAGCUUCAAAAAAUUAUGAAUUAUGCUUUAAUAACGUCUAGAUAAGAUAGCAUUGAUCAAUAAACUUAUGUUUUUAAUAAAUGUGCUAAGCUCUUUAAUCGGUCUUUAAUUAAUGCAUUUUUGUAAAAGUUAAAUUAGUAUGCAGAAGAUUUAGCUAUUAAAAAGAGAAAUCAAUAAAUUGAUAAAUUUCUAGAUUUGCCUACAGUUAUAAGUUAAGAAGACUUCAGUUAAACACCAUUGAGCAAAAAAAAGAUGGAAAGUUCUUUAGAUCAAGUUGUAAAGGGAUCUCAAAAUGAAUUAAAAGAAGAAAGUCCUUCUAAAGAUAAAAAAAGCUUAGAGUUAUAGCAAAUUCCUGAAGAGAAAGAAAGUGACUAAAAUUUUAAAUCUGAAAGUUAAAAUUAGUAGAUGAGCAGACAUUUAUAAUCUUCUAGUUUUUCUAAAAAAUCAAGCAUUAUAUUGCAUAAAGUAGAAAACAGUGAUAUUGACUAAAGAGUUUAACAGGAUUUAGAAAGCAAAUAAGAUAAUUAAGGAGAAAUAAAAAGGAAUCAAAUACUUUCUAACAAACAAAGAUAGUAGCCAUAAAAUUCAAAUGAAAGUUUUUAAGGUGAUGGCAGCGAUAAAUACUAAACCCUAACAUUUCCAAAUUCUCCAACAAUUAAAAUUAUGACUUCUAACAAUGAAAAUAUUUCAUCAUAAAAAGUUUUAACUGAUAACCAAACUUAACAAACUUAAGCUGCUCUUGCUACAAUUUAAGGCAUGCAAAGAGAGUUUGAAUAAUCCUAGAAAUUUAAUUUAGAUGCUCCAAAACAGAAAUUAGAUGAUUCUGGGCCCAUCACUAAGCAAAUUUUUUAGCAAUAAAAAGGCUACGAUGAAUAACAAAUAGCAAAUAAUUUAAUAAAUUAAGAUUCGAAUAGCAUAAAUUAGCAUAGUUAGAAAGGGAUUGUUGCAUAAACUAGUUCAGAAUUAAAAAAAUCAGAAAACUCUCCAAAAGAGAAAUAUUUAAAAGUAAAUGAUAUUAUAAAUAAUAAAGUCUAAUAAGAUGGUUUACAAGAGAACAGAGAAUAGAUUAACUAAUUAAUGAGUUAAAGCUAAAAGUUUAAAGUUUAAUAAAAACUUAAUCUUUAAGAUCAUAAAAGGUCUUCUCAAGAAAAAAUAGGGUUGAAGAGUAGGCAAGGAGAGUAUCAAUCAUAAUAAGAAUUUCAUUCACCGAUUAAAUAAGGCAAUAGUUCUCCAAAUAAUUUUCAAUAUGAAAUGUAUUUUAAUAAAGAAUUUGGACAAAGUGGUUUCUUAGAUUACGAUAGUCCUCUAUAAAAUGAAGAGUCUCUUUAUGAGAAAAUAAUCAAUUCAAAAGAAAAGAGAACUCUUGCUAAUCCAAACAAUUAAAAGGGGUUUGAUACACCUGCAAAGUAAAUAAAUCAAUAAGGGCAAAAGAAAAUGAUUGAAAUGAAAUCAUAAGUAGAAUCUUAUAUGCAAGAUCCAAUGGUGAAAUAGUUCAUAGAAAACGAAAAUUUACAGGAACAUAUGAAAGUGUCUUCUGAAAAGCUACCUGUUUAGCUUUAAUAAAAUAGCCAAAAUUAAGAAAAAUAAUAUUGCAUUACUAAAAUAAUGAUUUAUUGGUAUGAAGAGGAAGCUUUUGAUGAUUUUUAUAAUGAAGUCAAAGAUCUCGUAAUUGGUAAUAAUGUUGUACCGCUUUAAGAACUUACAUACAAAUUCUCCAACAAAAAAGAGAUAAAUAAGAGUGAAAAUGUCUGGCAAUUAGAUUCAAGGAUAUAAUUUAGCUUGGAUGAUAUAUAAGCUUAGGCUGUUCCUAAAAAAAGAAUGAGUGGUAGUGGAUUAGGAAUUAGCUAAGAAAUUUAAAAUAAUCAAAGCUUCUCAACAUAAAAAUUGUUUGAUGCUUCUUGGAAAGUUGCAAUUAGAAACGAAAGAGGAAUAGGUAUAGUUAAUGGAGAAUUGAAAAUAGGUGAGACUUUACUUUCCUGUAGUGAAUAUGGAAGAGAAUAGUUUUUAAUUUUGAAAUCUCCUUUUGCAAGCUUAAGCUAGAGUCUCUUUGCAAUUUUACAUCUCAUAAUUGAAGUUUAAGCAACAGAAAAACAAAAAAAUCCUUCAUAGUAACAAGAACAAGCAUUUGAUAAAUAAGAAAACAAGCCACAAUAAUAGGAGUUAACUUAGAACAAAAAUAGCCCUAAUAAUUUAAAAAAUUAACAAGUUUAUACAACUUCCUUCUUGAAAAACAGUAUACAACGAAUAAGGAACGAAGAGAAUUUCAUGUACUAUUUAAUUACAAAUAAAAAAGUAAUUAUUCCUAAAAGAUGUGUCUGGAUUAAAUUUAUAAAUGACCCUGAAAUCAAUAAAAUAAGGCAAUUUUAUCAACUUUUACAAACCGAUAUUGAAUACAAAGAAGUGUUAAAAAAAUGUUAGAAAAAAUUAGAAGAUUUUAAUCUAAGAAGAAUUCAAAAGAUUAUUGACUGGUAAGGUAAAAUGCAAGCUGAAUUGCUGAUGUUAAACGUUAGGAAAAAUAUUUUUGAUACACUUAUGUUAAAAUCUGAUAAAAAAGCUAUUAAUAGUUAUAUAGCGCAAAAGGGAAUUCCAAAUGAAUAUCGCUUUUGCAUUUACUCAUCUAUUUUGGAUCUGCAUCAAUAAUUAGUUAAUACAAAGUAAUUACUCGAGGAACUUUUUAAAAAACCUUGCACAAAUGUUAUUCAAUACUUGAUAUACGAAUCUAAAAAUUAUUGCAAUUCUUUAGUAGUCUCUGCAUCUUCUUUUAUUUACAAGAAAUUCCCUUACGAACCAGUAAAAUCUUAAGCUAUUUUUGAUUUAUAUUAAGCAUAUCUCAUGUAUAGCUACAUAACAAAUGAUAAACCUAAUUAAAUGCUCAUUUCCCCUUCUAUAAAUCUUCUAAUUAAUAUUUAUGAAAACUUUUUUGAAGAAGAGCAACAAACUCUAGCUUAGAACUUCUAAAUAUAAUCUUAAAAUCCAAAAUUAUAAUAGAUGAAAGUUAGCAUACCACCGAAUUUAAGCUAAAAUCAGUAAUUCAGGAUAGCUUGUUAGUAGUUUCAGUAGUAGUAGUUUUUCGUCUUUGCUUCAUUAAUGAAUUUACUCAAGGAUGUUGAUUUUAAUUUCAUUUUUUUCAGUUUGAUGAACAGAUUGAGCUAAAGUUAUGCAAAUUUGAACAUCGACAACUAAAUUCCUUCCCUUAAAGAUUUAAUUUUCUAGGGAUGCUAUUCAUUUUUUUCUAAUAUUUUAGUUGGUGAGCUUUGGAAUAGAAUAAUUGAUAGCGUGUUCAUAGAGCUAAUUGCUAUUUAAAAAUUGGAAAUUAAUUUCUUUUUGUUCUGUAUUUCGAAGACAAUUUUUAGUAUUUACAUAGACUAUCAUAUCGAAGAGAGCAUUUAAUUAAAUUAAGAAUUUGCUAUUGGUGAAUGCUUCGAUGAAUUAAUCUAUGAUUUUUACAGUGUUUACUUGAAUACCAAGAGAUUUUUUGAAGUUUUUUGUAACACUAUCAAGACAGAUAUUUUGAUAUAUUAGCAAAUAACAGCUUAAUAUUCUGAUUACAUGACUAAGAUUAAACUGAUAAACAGCUAGAGUGUGUACAGAUAGAAUUAUACAUAUAAUAAUUCCAAUGAAUUUUAGAUUGAAGAAAACAAUUUGAAGGAAUAAUUCAAUCUUGAACUUGUAAAAUUAAAGGAUUGCGAAGAAUAUGCAGAUAAAUAAAUAAGUGAUCAAAGAUAAGUAGAUCUAUUUAUUUACUUGAAUGACAUAGCGCCACAUAUUUUAUAAAAUUCUGUAUUAAUUGUAACUUAUGAAGGAAUUAAACAAUAAAAAUUUAUACCUUAUUAAAGUGAAAAUGGUAAAAAGUUAAAAUUAUCAUUUAAAACAAAAAUACCUUUUUUAAAAACAAACUCUCUUUAUAAUGAAAUCGAAGGUAGAGAAUAAAUUAAAUUUGAACUCAUUAUUUAAGUUUCAUAUUAAGAUAUAUUUUUUACAGGAUUUAUAGAAUGGGAUCCUGUAAAUCUCUUUUACAAUAAGACAUUGGUUUAUUUGAAUCAAAAGAAUAACAUGGAUAUCGAAAAAACUCUAUUAUUAUCUAUAUAUUUAGAACCUACUUAGCAAUAACCUAACCAGCCUUUGAUAAGAAAUACAGUUCAAAACAAAUAUUAUGAUUAAAAUUUUAUUAGAAAUGAUGUAAAUACUAUGGGACAGUGUCCUAUUUUUAUGAACGAAGGUGUUUCCUUAAUUAUGCAUAAAUUUGAUUAUAGGAGCUUGUUGAUAACUAAUAUUUCCACUACAAUUGAUCCUCUUAGAUUUUCUGUAAAUAAUAUCAUCUAGAAAAGUUAAAAUAUUUCAAGCAAAUAUCCAAUCAAUUCUAAUUUAAUAAAAUAUUCAAAAGAAGCUAUAAAUGAUUGGUAUGCAAAAAUUUCAUUUUUAAUUGCUAAUAAUUCAGAGUUAUCUAUAGACGAAAAACUGUAGUUGUUAUAUUUAGCAUUGAAAAGUGCAUUUGGGUUUGAAGUUUCAAUUAAGAAUGUUUUACUUCUUUUUAAAGAAAUAGCAAGAAUACAAGGAUUUAUAUUGAGCUUUGAGAGUUUGAUUGAGAGAAUAUCUCAAAUAAUAGGGAAAAGAUUGAAAAAUUCUAUUGUAGUUUCUAUUCAAUUUAUUGACGAAAAUGGAAAUAAAUAGCAGUUUAUCGCUAACAAUUAACAUUAAAAUUAUUUACUAGAUACAAAUGUAUAAAUUCUAGAAAAAGAGUAUGAAGAAGUAAUAAGCCAGACUCUUGAUGAGGGUAUUCAUUUAGUAGAUAUUAGGACAAUAAUUAGUUAAGUCCAUUAAAAUUUAUUGUUGAAAAAUUCUAUAACUUAUCUAAGUCCAACAAAUAUAAUACACAAUUAUCAUCUCUAAGUUAUGGUUGAUGGAUGUAAGAAUAACUAUUUUAUAGACUCGAAUGGAAUGAUUGUCAUAACUAAAAGCGUUUAAGAAUAGCAAAUACUCAUCACCAAAAUCCCAAUUUUCAAAAAUUUAUCAGUUAGUCAAAGCAUGUUUUUAGGGAUCAUGCAUCAAUCUCCCUUUAUGUUAAGCUACUUUUGCAAAUUUCCUAAGCUGAAUUACUUUACAAGAUAGAUUCCUCUUGCACUCAAAUUCCACUUUUUUGACUUAAAGAGCUAACAACUUUUCAGUACAGAGCCCAUCCAAAAAUAUACUCUAGUUGAUUCGAUUGGUUUAAUCAUAGAAGAUUUACUUUCAUAAGACAUUCUACCAAAGCACUAUAGUUUUGCUACAUAUUCUUGUCUAACUGCAGAUCGAUAAAUGUUGUUCUUAAAUGAUAAUUUGAUAAAUCAAAUAGAUGUGCAGAGAAUAAAAGAAUUAUAAGAUAAUAACUUAUUAAUAACACUAAAUGUUUAUAUUGGGUAGGAGCCACAAUAUAAGUUACCCUAUUCUGAAAUAGAAAAAUGUAAGAUUCUAAAAAAUAAUUAUAGUAGGCUAGAUUCUGUUAAUAUAAAUAAUUCUGAGGAUAGUUACUUGUAAUUUUAAGCAGCAAUAUUCACAAAGCAAGGUAUUGAUUUUUAAAAAAUUUAUAAAUUACCUAUAAAUGAUCUUUACUAAUUUUCUGACAAAAAGAGCAGAAUUUCUGAAUAAAACAUCUAUAUAAUAUGA